AUGUCUCAGCCCACCAAGGCCUCGGCCACCGCCGCCGUGAACCCAGGGCCCGAUGGCAAGGGGAAGGGGACCCCGCCCACAGGACCAGCCCCCGGCCCUGGUCCGGCCCUGGCCCCGGCAACCGUGCCCGUGCCCGUGCCCACGGCCAAAGCAGGGGACCUGCCUCCUGGGAGCUACAGGACCUUGUCAUGGACGGACCAGCCUGGAAGUGGAAGUGCUGGUCAAGGCAGCGGGAGCCCCUUUCUUUUACAGCUGGGGACUCAGGGGCUCAAGAAGGCAGGAAGCUGCCUGUGCUCAAGUGAAAGGCAACACCUUCCCGAAGCGGGUUGUGUUGUUACUGGUGCUGCUAAGGGGCGAGCACAGGGGCAGACACUGGAGCCCCAACUCCGGGGUGGAGGAGGAGCAAUCCAGGAAGGCUUCCUGCAGGAAGCGACAUCUGAACCCAGAACAUGCUGUCUGGUCCAGAACCUGAGUCAGCACCAGCUGGUGGUCUUUGAGCAGGAGAACUUCCAGGGCCGUCGGGUGGAGUUCUCCGGGGAGUGCCUGAACCUGGGGGACCGUGGCUUUGAAAGAGUUCGCAGCCUCAUCGUUGCCUCUGGACCCUGGGUGGCCUUCGAGCAGUCCAGCUUCCGUGGGGAGAUGUUCAUCCUGGAGAAGGGCGAGUACCCUCGCUGGGACACCUGGUCCAGCAGCUACCGGAGUGACCGGCUCAUGUCUUUCCGGCCCAUCAGGAUGGACUCCCAAGAGCACAAGAUCAGCCUGUUUGAAGGGGCCAACUUCAAGGGCAACACCGUGGAGAUCCAGGAGGACGACGUGCCCAGCCUCUGGGUCUACGGCUUCUGUGACCGAGUGGGCAGCGUGAGGGUCUCCAGCGGGACCUGGGUCGGCUACCAGUAUCCAGGCUACCGCGGAUACCAGUACCUCCUGGAGCCCGGCGACUUCCGCCACUGGAACGAGUGGGGCGCCUUCCAGCCGCAGAUGCAGGCCGUGCGCCGCCUGCGUGACAGGCAGUGGCACCGCGAGGGCUGCUUCCCGGUGCUGGCCGCCGAGCCCCCCAAGUGAGUCCGCUCUGCAUCCCUCCCGCGCCCCCCCGCCCCCGCCCCCCAGCUCAU